UCGUUCAUAACCGGUGACUUGUAAAACCUAGCCCUGCUCUCUCUCUCUCUGUCUCUCUCUGUUCCAUCUUCAGCUACCAACGCCACUCUCUCUUCCGCACCCCCAUUUGCAGUUGUUCUGAAAUUAUACAUACACAUUCUUAGAGAGAGAGAGAGAGAGAGAGAGAGAGAGGAACCAUUUUCAGCGAUCUCUUACUAGAUUUGAACUUGUAUAGGCUUACAAAAAUGCAGAGAUCGUGUACGACGUUGGCUCGAUCUCUCAUACGUACGCGAGGGUUUUGCACAUCCAACAGUGAUAAGAUCGUGGCCUCUGUCCUGUUCGAGCGGCUACCCGUCGUCGUUCCCAAAAUCGAUCCCGUUGUAUAUGCUUUUCAAGAAUUCUCGUUCCGUUGGAGACAGCAAUAUCGACGGGCAUAUCCAGACGACUUCUUGAAAAAAUCUGAUGCUAGGGGCAAAGGUGAUUACCAAAUUGAUUAUGUACCAGCUCCUCGGGUCACUGAUGCUGACAAAACUAAUGAUAAGAGGUCAUUACAGAGAGCACUUGACAGAAGGCUUUAUCUUCUUCUCUACGGCAAGACAAUUGCGGCUCCAGAUGGGAAGUCUGUGUGGCAUUUUCCAGAAAAAGUUUAUGAGUCAGAAGAGACAUUGCGCAAGUGUGCCGAGUCUGCAUUAAAAUCCGUCAUAGGUGACCUUUCCAACACAUAUUUCGUCGGAAAUGCUCCAAUGGGCCACAUGGUCUUACAGCCUACAGAGAAUGCACGAGAUCUUCAAUCUUUUAAGCGCUUCUUCUUCAAAUCUCAAGUCAUUGCAACCAACAAGUAUAAGAUCGGAAAGUGCGAGGAUUUUGUUUGGGUGACCAAGGAUGAACUGCUGGAGUACUUCCCUGAGCAAGCUGAUUUCCUUAACAAGAUGAUCAUCAGCUAAUGCUCUGCUUUUUUCGUUUCUCCUGCAAAUUUUGAACAAGAUUUUGUUUUGUGAAUCUAAUUUGUAGAUGUAUCUGUUUCAUACCAUGGGUAAAGCAUGUGGUUUUAUUCCACCAUCAUAGGAUCAAUUUUGUCCGUCCUGAAAAACGGUUUAAGCCGACUAGAGCAUGCAGUAUUAGGAGAAGGAACGCAUAAUGAUUCUUGUCCCGAGCGAGAACUAGAUUUACUAGUUUACACUUUUGUUUGACUUUACAUUUUCUA